UGUGCUGAGGGCCUGCCACUGACGUUUUCCUGGGAAGGCAAGUCCCAACAGCAGGCGGACAGGUGAGGCUGACCCAACAGGUUCCAGAAGCCAGGGGCAAUGGGGCGGAGCAUAGCUCUCUGACAUAGAGCAGCAACGGGGGCCCGCCGCACACACAGGGCAGGCAGGCAGGCAGGCAGGAAGGAGCCGGGUUUGCUGGUCUCUUCUUCCUGGUGCAGCCAGCUUGGGGUGCAGGCCAUGGGGCCUGCUGGAGGGUGACAGCAGCCCAGUGGGCAAGCAUGUUUGGGGGCCUGGCAGCCCAGGGCAUGGCAGGACCUCUUCGGGGCAGGGUGGAGGAGCUGAAGCAGCCCUGGUGGCGGGAGAGCUCACCGCUGGUGCUGCAGCACAGCGAGGCAGCCCGGCUGGCGGCUGACGCCCUCCUGGAGCGGGGCGAGGCUGCCUACCUGCGGGUGAUCUCGGAGGAGCGGGAACUGCCCUUCCUGAGCGCCCUGGAUGUGGACUACAUAACCAGCCAUGUGCGCGGGGGCCCUGAGCUUGGUGAGGCCCAGGGGCUGGAGGCUGCAGGGCCUGACCGCCUCAGCCUGCUCUCUGAAGUCACCUCGGGCACUUACUUUCCCAUGGCCUCUGACAUAGACCCCCCGGACCUGGACUUGGGGUGGCCCGAGAUCCCACAGGCCACGGGCUUCAGCCCCACCCAGGCUGUGGUCCACUUUCAGCGGGACAAGACCAAGAACAUCAAAGACCUGCUGCGGUUCCUCUUCAGCCAGGCCCGCAAGGUGGUGGCCGUGGUGAUGGACGUGUUCACCGACAUGGAGCUCCUGUGCGACCUCAUGGAGGCCUCAAGCCGGCGCGGUGUCCCCGUCUACCUGCUCCUGGCUCAGGAGCACCUGGGGCACUUUCUGGAGAUGUGCUACAAGAUGGACAUCAAUGGGGGGCACCUGCUGAACAUGCGUGUACGGAGCACGUGUGGGGACACAUACUGCAGCAAGGCAGGCCGCCGCUUCACGGGGCAGGCCCUGGAGAAGUUCGUCAUCGUGGACUGUGAGCAGGUGGUGGCGGGCAGCUACAGCUUCACCUGGCUCUGCAGCCAGGCCCACACUAGCAUGGUGCUGCAGCUGAGGGGCCGCAUCGUGGAAGACUUUGACCGGGAGUUUCGCUGUCUGUAUGCUGAGUCUCGGCCCGUGGAGGGCUUCUGCAGCGGUGAGGACCCCAGGGCGCCGUGCCCUCCUCCGGUGGCCCUGACCUUCGUGCCCAGCGUCCCAAGCCCCAUGUCCUCACCACCCUCCAGCACCAGCCUCAGCAGCAUCAAGCGCUCCCCUCUCAUGGGCCGCUCCUCCUACCUCGCUCUACCAGGAGGCGGUGGCUGCAGUGACACGGGUAUGGGAUCCACAUCCCUAGGCUCUGCUUGUCGCAAGGCCAGUGGCCAGCCCUCCCUACAGCGCCAGCUGUCAGAUCCUAACCGUGGCUCCCCUCCAGGGCCCUACAGGGCCAACCUGGGCAAGCUGGGGGCUUCCCCCUGGUCCCAGUCCUCCCCUGCCCUCAACCACAAUAGCAACAGCCACUUGACUCCAGCAGUGGGGUCACCUCUGCCUACUCGCCAACGGUCCUUCCUCCCCUUGUCCCGGGGUGUCCUCACCCUCUCCCGGCUCCCAGAGAAUGGGUUCCCAGGAAGCCAGGAGCCUAGCCCCCCACGAGGUCGCAGGGUACCUGGCACAGGCCUGGAGACCGUGGAGGAGAAGAAGGGGUCUCUGAGUCAGAGCCAUAGCCAGCUGGACCUCCUCAUCCCCUUCCCCAGAGCCCGAGAAGCAGGAGGCCCUGAUCUUGGGGUUACCUCCAACUCAGACCCCAUUUGGCUUGGGGAGCAUGCCCGAGAGGACAGGAGGUUAUCCUCAACCCAGAAACACAACCAGCUGGAUCUCCUGCCCCGGGCUCAAGGUGCUGGGUGUGCCCCUGAGCCAAGUCCCCCCAGGCCUGGCAAUGGGACCCUUGAGGAUAAGAGGCUGCCUCCAAACCACAGCCAUGGCCAAUUGGACCUCCUGGUACAGUACCCCAAGGCUAGGGGCUCCAGAGUGCUCCCUGAAGCCAACUCCUCAGCCAGGGCUGGCAAGCAGGGUCCAGAUGAGCGACGGCAGACCUUGGGCCAUAGCCAGCUGGACCUCAUCACAAAGUUUGGCCCAUUCCGGGGCGAGGGGCCUGGGCCCAAUAGUGUCCCAGGACCAAGCCAUGCUCGCAAGCCUGGAGUGGGCUCUGGGGAUGAGAAGCGGCUGACUCUGGGCCACAGCCAGCUGGACCUCAUCACCAAGUAUCAUCAAUUACAGGGUGCCAGACAGGGACCUGAACAUGACCUCCCCGGGGGCUCCACAGGUGGCCAUCGCAGUGGCAGUAGCAAUGGCCCAUUUGAGGAUGAGAAACGGAUGACACUGGGCCAUAGCAAACUGGACCUCAUCACUAAGUACAACAAGUCCAAGUUCAAGGUGCUCCGAAGCCGCUUUGAGUCCUAGUCUUGCUCCCAGCGGGGAUAUGUCCCUCCUCCGUCUGCUGAGACUCUAGGUCCUAGACUUCGGGGUGGAAGCUCAGGCAGAGGUGGCACGGGGAGGAGAGGGUGUCUAGAAGCCCAGGUUAGACAAACCCUGGGCUCAGGAUUCUUGCUCACUACACACACACACACACACACACACACACACACACGAGGGCAUACACACGGGGAAACAGAACCCACAGUUAAUGUCAUUUUUCACUGUUACUACUUCUCAUCCUUCAUCUUCAGUCUUACAAGACAGACCUCCAGUAGGUAAAACACCCUAGGAUCAUAGGUGUAAUCUUCCCUAUUUUAUAAACGUGGAAGCUGAGGCCCAGAGAGUUGAUGACUUGCUUGGAAUCAGGUCUAAGUAAGUGCCAGAGCAGGCACCCACGCCUGUGUCUCUGACUCUUAUGACUGGUUUUGACACAGACACAACACACAAUAUCAACAAUUCAUAUGUCCCCAUGCACACGAAAUACACACAUCACACGGAUGCCUCAAAUGCCUGCACAAUACACAUAGCACACCAACAGGGUUCAUGUUCACAGGCUGCACACCCAUACACACCAUCAUGUUGUUUGGCUAAA